CCUCUAGUCCGGUACAAAUACAUUACUUAUAAGCUUAAAUUUCUCUUUGGCGGGAAAAAUAUUCACUUUCCUCAAUUUUAGCCAAUAUUUUUUAUUUUUAUUUUUCCAGUUUUAAAUUUUUUUUCCUCACUUUCUCGACAACCAACCACCGGAAUUCUUACUCAGACAAAAAAAGAAAAAUGUCGAAAUUCGAGUACCCGAUACUCUCCCGUGCCGACAUAAUAUCAAUCCUGGCGGAGUCGCAAAUUGCCGCCGUCACCGACAACGAUUUCAAGAAUGUCAAACCCGAUUUCGUCUCCGAUCUCUACACUCGCCUCCUCAUCUACCUCGACGCUCUUCAUGAGGAAGACCAAGGGCAAGUUGAGUUUUCAGCAUUGGAGCAAUUUGAGAACCCGGAUCUUCUAAUUGGAUCAAUCCAGGUUAUGAACUUGUAUUGCAGGUUAAGAGAGGUGGUUGCUUCUCUUAAUUGUCCAAUGCAAUUUAACCUUAGGGAUUUGGUUAAACCCGAUUCGGCCCGGGCUGAGUUUUUCAUCAGCUCAAUCCUCAACUUUUGUCUUUAUAAAGACACAAAAAUGAAUCUUCUGAGACCGAUUGCAGAGGAGCUGACCCUUCUAGAUGAGCAGCGAAAGGAGUGGGAGGCUAAGAUUUCUCAGUUGAAUGCAGAGAUUGCAGGUUAUAGUGAAGCAAGAGAAAGGGAGUUACCCCUUGUUCAAGAGGUAGACUCAAAAGUUAAAGAAUUGCGUGAGAUGAUUGCUGGCCUCAACAGUAACCAGAUGUCAUUGAGAACUUCUUUUCGGAAUUUGAAGGAUAAGACUGGGCAAAUGGAUGAGAAGAUUUCUAAGGCUGAGUUUGACCUGGUACAAAGUGUCCAAGAAAAUGCAAAUCUACGUUCCAAAAUAGUUCAGUCACCAGAUAAACUACAGAGAGCUUUAGAGGAGAGGAAAUUAGCUCGAGAUGAGGCAAAGACUGCUGAAAGGUUAGCUAUGCAGUCUUUUCAGGAGAAGACUACCAUUGUUGAGGUUUAUAGCAAGGCUCUUAAGAAGAUGUCAAAGCACUUUGCCUUAAUGCAAGCUAUACAUGAACAGGUGAACUCUGCAAAAUCAGUUGAAAAAGAAUGGAAGGGUUUAAAAGCUAAGUUAAGUGAUGAUGCUGUGUUAGACAAGUCACUUGAGGCUAAACUGAUUGAACGGCAAGGAAAAGUUGAACAAUUGGACGAACUCCAAAGGCAGUUACAAAAAGAAAGGGAUCUCAAGUUUGAGGAGUCUACUAAACAUUUGAAUGAUGUGAAGUUGGAGGUGGAAUCUAGGCGGCGUGAUCUGGAAGCAAGGCAAAGGAAGGUUGAAGAUGUGGUAGCAGAGGUAGACUCCAUAACGUUAAAGACUAGUAUGGCAAAAGAAUCUGGAGCUGCUAAAGUGCACGAUUUAGUUAGUAAGUGUGAAGAGAUUGUAAAACAGUUUCAACAUUAUUCAUCCUCUAUUGGGGUCUUGCUGCCUGUGCUUGGGACAAAGACAACUUGAUUGAGUAGCUACAACCAGCCUUUAACUUGCAUGUUAGGAAGCCACUCAAUUGUGAAAUCCAUUUUAUUCAUGAAACUGUAAGUUGUGUUUAGUCUGCAGCAGUAGAAAUAUAUUUAUAUGGUCUUCCAGUGCUUCAAAUUAUUUAUUGACUUUCUGUUAGUAUAUGAUGAGGCUUGUAAGUGAGUUCUAUUUAUCGUACGUAGCCAAGAUGGUACUAACUUGUUAAAAUAUCACUUCUUGUGGAGUUCUGUAGAAGAUCUUUAGGGUAGUGUUGCCCUUGUAUCUUUGCUUGCUUUAUAUGCAGUGUAGACUGACAGUUUUUUGUAUAUAACCAGACUUAUGAUAAUGACAGAUAAGAUGGUUCUCUAA